AUACCUCCCUUAGCUUCAUCCUCCAUUCCAUAUUGUAACUUACAGCAACUUACAACUUUGGGUAUAGCAUUUGAAGAAAAAAAAAUGGAAGGCAGUGUGGGUUAUGACAAUGAUCUGAAUCUCAAGGCAACUGAACUCAGAUUAGGGUUGCCUGGAACAGAACCAGUUUCCAUUGUUAGACGCAACAAGAGAUCAUUGCAACAAGUAGCUGAUGAUGAUUGUGGAGUAAAUGGCUGCAAAUCUGAUGAUCAAAAUGAAACUGCUCCUCCUCCUCCCAAAGCACAAAUCGUGGGUUGGCCACCGAUCCGGUCUUAUAGAAAGAACAAUAUUCAGACAAAGAAAAAUGAGUCGGAGGGUGGUGGGAUUUAUGUGAAAGUAAGCAUGGAUGGAGCACCAUAUCUAAGAAAAAUUGACCUUAAAGUUUACUCUGGGUACCCUGAAUUAUUACAGGCUAUUGAGAACAUGUUCAAGUUCACCAUAGGUGAGUACUCUGAAAGAGAAGGCUAUAAAGGAUCAGAUUAUGCACCUACUUAUGAAGACAAAGAUGGAGAUUGGAUGCUAGUCGGUGAUGUUCCAUGGGAAAUGUUCAUCACAUCAUGUAAGAGAUUAAGGAUCAUGAAAGGAUCAGAAGCUAGAGGAUUAGGUCGUGGUGUAUGAGAAAAAAAAAAAACACUUUGCCUAAGAACAUGAAAAACACUGAAGAUCUCCAUUGAUGUCUCCUUCACGGAGAGGUAUCAUCAGCUUGGGUUCUCGAAGGAGAUUUUUUUGGCUUCAAUAGAUAGUCAUAUCAGAGAUUCUAUGGACUGGGAAAGUUUUUGAAGGACUUAUUAAAGAAACCCAGAUAAUAUGAAGGGUUCAAAGUGCAAACUUGUAAGCAAAGAAUUGAUUGAAGAAAUUCAGCAAAUAGAUGUGGAUUAUCCCAAAGUUUUGAUUAUGUAAUGUUAAAACAAAGAAACAAAAUUUGUAUUGUAUAUCAGGUGUUUAUCUAUGUAUGUACAAUUAAAACUUAUAUGGGUAAUAAAAUGAUAUGUUUUUUU